AUGCACAUGGAUGAAUGGAUAAAACAAUAGAAAUAUGCAAGAUAUCACAACCACAACGGUAGCACCAUGUGAGUCCUUAGCAUGCUAACCUAGGGAAAUUGUAUUAGAAUAAUAGUAUUUAAGUUAAAUAACCUAAGGAUCAAUCCGUAAAUAAGGAUUUAGCAGAGUUGAUCCUUAGCAACGUGGCAUGAUUUGAUUCGUUUGGUCGGCUUUUGCGUUUGGUAUUGGAAAAAAAAUCAUUUUCGACGGAAGACGAAAAAAAAAGGAGAGCUCUCGAGGAUAGGCGAUUCGAUAUGUCGGAACACGAAGGUAAAUCGACGCCUUCUCAUGGGGAUUUUUGGAUUUAGAUUAGGUUCGAUGUUGUAUUUCUCUCAAUUUAGGGUUGGGUUCUCGAUUUUCAAUUGAUUUGGAGAUUUUUUCGUAUGAAAUUAGGGUUUCAAACGAUUUGGGUUUUCAAUUGAUUUGGGGAUCUUUUCGUCUGUAGUUAGGGUUUAUACACGAUUUUGAUUUGAAACGAUUUGGGGAGGUUCUCGUUUGUUUUACCGUCGAUUAUUUACAACCGAGAUUUGAAACGAUUUGGAGAGCUUCUCGUUUGUUCUUAAUCUUUGGUCAAAACCCAUAUUGGUUACAUUUGAUUUACGGUUUCAAAACCCAUUUUGGUUUCAUUCGAUUUGUAAUAGUUGCUUUCAUUGCUCUUAAUGCUAUGUGAUAAUCUGUUGUCUUAGUUCGUCUCGCUCGUUGCUCUAAUUCCUUGCAUUUCGUUGCUAUAAAACGAUUUGUGUAUAAAACGAUACUUGUUUCACUCGAUUUGGGGUUCUUCUCGUUUCUUCUUACGGUUUCAAAUCCCAUUUUGGUUCCAUCCCAUUUUCGGAAUCUUAACGGUUUCAAAACCUUUUAGGUUUAUAUGUGUUCGCUUUCAUUCGGUUGCUUCUGAUAUUGUUUACAUUCGUUUCUUGUUUGCAGAUGGCGAACCCGCAUGAACCUCAUUUCUUCAAGCCUCUGCUUCCUGGUUUCCACAGUGGCGUCGUAGACACACUCUCUCUAUUUCUCCUCUGUAUAUGUUCCUAUUUUGGAGUUUUGCUUAACUUUGCCUUUUCUGACUUGCAGACAAUACCACUUGGCUUCUUCUCAAAGCACAUAAAAGGAAAGAUGAACCAGAAAAUAUGGAAACUAAGAUCGGACACUUCAGAUAAAACUUGGGAAGUGAUACAAGAAGGCAGGAGACUCACCGGAGGUUGGAAAGAUUUUACCACAGCACAUGACCUUCGAAUCGGUGACAUUGUCAUCUUCAAACACGAAGGAGACAUGGUGUUUCAUGUCACUCCUUUUGGUCCUAGCUGUUGUGAGAUUCAGUAUACACAUCCUCACAUCAUCAAGGAAGAAGCCGACGCGGAUGAUGCUGCGGAUGAUGCUGAUGACAAUGAGCAUCACCACAAGAUUAGUAAGUUUCAAUCAAAGUUCACCGUAAUUGGGAGGAAAACUUGUGGGAUGUUUUUGACGUGGAAAAUUGUUUCUUAUAUUUCAGGAGGAACAUGGGCAAUGUCUUCUUUCUCAUUCGACUACUGUUUUUUAGCUGAGGUCACUGCUUCAAAUCUAAAAGAAGACAAACUUGUGAGUCAAUUUUCAUACGUAUAAACCAUAUUUAGUUAGUCAAAUAUAUGGUUUGAUUUGUUCUGUGUCUUAACGUUCUGUGUUUGCAGCAUCUUCCUGUGGGAGCUACGAGUUCUACUGCUUUGAACAAACAAUGCCAAGAGAUGAUACUAGUGAACAAAGAGGGAAAUUCAUGGACUGUGAGUUUACAAUUUAGCGAAUCAGGCGGCAUGUAUUACAUCGGAAGAGGCUGGAGAAAGUUCUGUCUUGAUAACAGAUGCGACAUAGGAGACUUAUUUGUGUUCAAUCUGAUUGGAGAUGGGAAAACUACUCCAUUGAUGUGUGUAUGUUCGGAAAGCAAAGAGUGUUCUGAACUACUGAGCAAACACUUGAGCAGAAAGAAGAAAGAGUGUUGAGUCUUCUCCAUUGACUUGCUUGAGACUUAUGUCUUUGUUGAUGUGAAAUAUUUCUCACGUCUUUGUUCACUCAAACUUAUGUCUUUGUAAUCUACUCAAACGAAUUCUCCAAAUUAUGUCUUUGUAUUGAUAUUGCUCUAAGCUUCUGUUAACAUCUUCUACUCUAGCCUUUAACUAAUUUGAAGUAGCCUUUGUGUUCAUAGUUCUAAAUCGUUGAUUUCAUUAAUAGUUGUAGUUCUAAACUUGUAGAGUUCUAAAUCGUUGAUUUUAUUGAUAGUUGUAGUUUUAAACUUGUUGAGUUCUAAAUCGUUGAUUUCAUUGAUAGUUGUAAUUCUAAACUCGUCGAGUUUUAAAUCGUUGAUUUCAUUGAUAGUUGUAGUUCUAAACUCGUAUCUUCUUUUUAUACUUGUCGAAAGUUUUAUACUUGUUCUAAACUAAGAGUUUUAUACUUGUUCUAAAAAUAAGUAUACAAACUAAUUUGCUAAUUAUUGUAUCUUUAUGUUUAAUUUUUUUUUCCUAAGGACUCGUAAUUGGAGUCCACCAUUGGACGGACUUUUAUGCUAAGAGUCCUUAACUAUUCAAAAAAAAAAGUAUAAUACUUUAAUAAUGGCUAAGGACUCCCCCAUGAGAUCCACCAAUGUGGAUGCUCUAAGUUCGUAAAGAAUGGCACCACAUUAAGUUAAUCGAAGGGUCCUGUUUGGACUACUAGAAAAAGGAAACACUAUUUUAGUUUACCAAUCGAAGGGAGUGAUUGGUAAGUGCUAUGAGUGCUUUCCACAUCUCAUUUUUUUUCUACAUCCACUUUACUUUACCAAUCAUGUUUUAAGAAAAAAUUUAAAGUUACAGCCAUAAAAACUAAAAUAGAAAACAAAAUAGCUUUGGAAAUCAAUUUUUCUAGAGCUUUAUAUUUAGUGCUCUAAAAAUAAUUAAUCUAUAGGUACAACAAGAAAAUCUACAGCUAUUAUUCUAAAACCAAAAAAUAAAAGCCACAACACUUACCAAUUAUCCCCUAACUAAGCAUAUAUGUUUUAGGUGCUUUGAUUUUGGGAUGUUAUACACUUAUGUAUUCCCAAAACAACGGAAAGAACAAUUAGGGUUAGGUUUUAGCAUUUAGUAUUUAUUAUUCAGAACUAUAGAGUUUUUUUUUUUGUCAAAAGAACUUUAGAGUUUAAAGUUCAGAUUUAAACAUAUAUAUAUAUAUAUAUAUUUUUUUUCUAAAAAUAUUUAUUUAUACUAAAUAUAUCAUUUUAAUGAUUUAAUUACUUUUAUUGUUUAGUGAUGACUUUUUUAAUCUUGUACGCUAUUUUGUGAUAAUAAUGAUGUUAAGAAUUUUAUUCAAUACAAAAUUUCGAGCAUUCAAUAUUUCUGAUC